AUUCCGAAGGACAUAGCUAUCAUUUAAAUACAAUCUGACUGACGCACAUCAUUAAUAUCACCACCGCGCACCUGCCUGGCCUUUGCCGUUUGCGCGCAUACCAAAAGGGACACUUUACUUAUGGGCUACACUUGUCACCUAAAAUCUGCACAAGUAUGAUCAAAGCUGUUGACUCUAACCCGCGACACUAUCGCAGAAUGUCGCCGCGACCAAUGUGAACACGCUCCCACGCAGAAAAUGGGAUGUUUGCUUAGCACGCCCCAAGCACCUACAGCUCAUAGUCCACCUGCGACUGGGUUAGGGAUAGCAGCAGCGCCUGCCGAAGCAGCCCCAUCCCCUCUGCAGGUCAAAGCGGAGCCCAGCGAACCUGCAGAUACGCCCAUUAGCAAUGGAGGAGGGACCGCAACUGAUGGCGUUGGGAGCUCAGCGCCAGCGGGCAGCAGCGCGGACCCUGACUCGGGGCCCCGGGAGAACGCGAGCACGCAGGACAAGAUGCCCGCUUCCACGAAUGGCGGGAGAAAAGUAGCAAACAACAAGCAUACGCUCUCAGCGGUGGACAAGGGCACGCAACUAAUAGAGUCGCUGUCAGCGAUUGAAGGCACGGCUGUGGAGAAAGUGGAGGCAUUCACCAGCCUGCUCGUGGGCGAGAGCUAUGUGCAGUUUGCGAGCAUUUCGGUGGUCAGCGAGGAUGAGCAGGUGUUUAUGGUGCUCACAGCAGCAGGCGUGGGUUCGGACUUCCUGCCAAAGCACUACCUGCUAAAUGUGGCCAGCUCGCAUUGGUCUGUGCAGCGGGUUGUGUCGGAGGGGACUGCAUGCUUCUGGGCGGCAGGCGAGCACAACGCAAACGAGCUGCCAGAGGAUUGGAAAUGCCUCUUUAAGAUGCAAAAACUCAAGUCGUUUCUGGCAGUGCCCAUCAAAGUUGGCGCGCAGCUGGUGGGCGUGCUGAACGUGGCUCUCGUGAUCGAGGUGGACGAGCAAAAGCACUGGUGGGGAUUGCAGCUGCGGCUGCUGGCAGCGGUGCUGGCACAGCACUUCCACGAUGCGCAUCUGCGCUCAAAGGUCAGCUGGCUGCAGAGCAUAGCCAAGCAGGAGACGGUGGAGCAGCUCAGCAUGGCCACGCUCAAGGGUCUGACGGGCAUCUUUGAUGCACUGCAAGACCUGUCCUUCUACAUCGCUCUGGUGCUGCCGGGGCGGCCCUGCGCUAUCAUGUUCUCACUGAGCCGGGAAAUGGUGGAGGCGGCGGCCGGGGAACGGAAAUCGCCGGCGUACAAGGAGCACGUGGACAUGCAUGGCUUCGUGACCAACGAGACGCUGCUGGAGAACGCGCUGGCGACGGGGCAGGUGAUGAAGGUGGCCAACAUGCGCCGCUACCUGCGCCUGUACAAGACGGGCGCGGACGUAGCGAUACUGUACAAGAGCGAGGGUCGCUCGCCCGCCAGCGUGAUGGUGCUUCCUCUGGUGGCGCCAGACGCGGCGCGGAUAGGCGGCCUGUACGCCAUAUCCAGGACGGCCACGGACUUCGGCAUGGUGCGGCGCGAGGUGAUGGACCUGGUGAAGCUGAUGGUCCCCACGCUACAGCAGAAGCUGUACUCGGAGCUCAAUAAGAAGCUCAUAGAAGUCAGCGAGAUCUGCAAGUUUGAGUCGUUGUCAGCGACGGGCGCCAACGCCAAGGACGAGCUGGGCACGAGCGACAGCGCCACGCUGGAGAGCACCAAGGACCUGGUGCUGGGGACGCGGCCGGAAAAGGAUGCGCUGAUUGCGGAGCUGCAGGAGCAGAUCCGGAGGCAGCUGGCCAAGGUGUACAAGGGCCACCCCGACCCCGGGCCCAACAACAUGCUCGAAGAUUUGGAGGUGUACGACGAGCUGGGGCGGGGCGGGUACGGCACCGUGUACCGCGCGAUCUACAAGGGGCAGCUGGCAGCGGUCAAGGUGGUGUGCGACCGCGACGUCGACAACGGCUCACUAAACGGCGCGCUCGAGCUCGCGUUGCUUACCUCCAUAUCGCACCCCAACAUCAUUCAGAUCCACACCUACUAUGCCGACGUGCCGCUCAACAGCAUCAAGUUCGUGCGCGGCCAUAACAACCCAACCAGCCAGAAGGACGCCGAGGGCGGUGGGCCUGGCGGCAAGGACGCCAGCGGCAAGCUCAAUCGGCCGGGCGAGCAGAACUGCCAGGUGCUGGUGAUGGACUUCUGCGACAUGGGCUCGCUGGCGGACGUGCUCAACACCAGUCUGCUUCGCCACCAUGCCGGCAAGGUGGCCAUGCCUGCCAUCCUGCACUGCCUGCUGGAAGUGGCGUCCGCACUUCACUACCUGCACUCCAUUGGGAUCGUGCAUUAUGACCUGAAGCCCGAGAACGUGUUGCUCAAGUCUUCCACCAUCGACAGCCGCGGCUUCAACUGCAAGGUUGCGGACUUCGGGCUGUCCAACAUCGUGUCGGACAACAGCUACUUUAACAAGCAUGCGGAAGGCACCAUCACGCACCUAGCGCCAGAGGCCAUGCAGCCCAAUGGCAAGCUGACCAAGGCGGUGGAUGUGUACGCGUUCGGCAUCAUGAUGUGGGAGCUGUAUACGGGGUUGCGGCCCUACACCGGCUACCGCACCAUCGACGUGGCGGUGAAGGUGUCGAAGGAGGGCCUCCGGCCUGAGUUCCCCUCCACGACGCAUCCGUCAUUCAAGGAGCUGGCUCAGCGCUGCUGGCAGGGUGAUCGGCGGUUGCGCCCCACGUUCCGGCAGGUGAUGGAUCGCAUCCACGAGAUGCUCAAGGACGCGGAGCUCAUGGGGCGGGAGUCGCUGCUGACGCUGUCCUCGAGCGCCGCGCGGCUGCCCGUAUAUCCAGACUAUCUGCAAGUGGGCGAGGACGCUGCGGAUAGCGAGUUCCCCCUCCAUAUCUUGUAACGGCCUCAGCUGGCGCUUUGCGAAGCGGAGUGGUGACGUUGGUGAUGGUAUCAAUGCAAGUGCACGCGGCAAUAAUUUCCUGACUAGGAUCGCUUCACAGUCAGUCGCCACGUAGAGAGUGAAGCUGUGUGGUGAGGCACCGUGACGGUCGCCCUUGCCAGAGCGCAAUGAUGCCCGUGCGAGGUGUUCGGUACUCCGCCGGCCUCAUCUCGGGGCUUGGAAGGCGCUUUGAUGUUCACUGGGGCCGUUUGGGUAGCAGCAUAGGAUGGCGUAAUGGUCAUUGCUGCGUGCAUACAUGAGGAAUUGCGGCGCGUUUAAACAUGGUAUUGCACGUGCUACCUCCACGAAUCAUAGACUCCCGCCUGCCUGGAUAAGCGCCUGUAGUGUAGUGGGGGCUUGGGCCGGGGUUUUGAAGGGCGCUGGGCUUGUCGUUCCCAGCAGGAGUGCAUGUCGUUUCUUAUGCCUAUUUUAAUGAUGGGGGUCACCUGGCGACGACAGGAAUAUACGGUACUCAUGAACACGUCAUAACAUAGGUGCGAUUAUGGCUGAAGCACGUAUGUUUUGCCAGUGUUUGUGGCUUUGUAGCACUGUCUUAUGAACGAAACGCGUUGACUCUUAUGUUGAAGAAUAGCCGUUUGGGGGAGGCGUGGGAUGCUUGGGAGCCCCUGGGAUGGUUAGCAGCAGAAGCAGCGGCAGCAGGGCCCGGCACCAGCAGCAGGGCCCGGCGGCGGCGCAGGGCCUGGGCCCAGAAGUGAUGGGAAGUCGUCAGGGAUGCGGGGCGGCCAACUCGCCCCAUGUGGCCGGCAAAGGUCGG